AUGGAUAUAGACGAAAAGGUAUCGGGUCCGGGGGGUGCGUCCCAGAAGAACUGGACGCACCUCAAUACAAGUGAUGAGCUGCCAUUAGACAUGAGAUUCAACCAUGGUCAUAUGGUGUCUAUCACGGUAUAUAGUGUGCUCAUGGUGGUAUCAGCUACUGGGAACUUGACGGUGUUAUCACAGCUGGUGAAAAGGAGACGGGCAGGACGGGCAAGCAGACUGGAUGUUUUGUUGAUGCAUUUGGCUGUUGCCGAUCUUAUGGUAACAUUUCUGAUGAUGCCCCUGGAGAUAGCGUGGGCCGGGACAGUCCAGUGGCUAGCUGGAGACCUGAUGUGUCGUCUCAUGAUGUUCACACGGACAUUUGGACUCUAUUUAUCCAGUUUUGUCCUUAUAUGUAUCGCAAUAGAUAGAUACUAUGCAAUAUUAAAACCGUUGAACGUAACAUGGGAGGCGCAUGUGCGGCGGGCCCUUUUGAUUGCCUGGGUCUGUGCUGGUCUAGCCAGUCUACCGCAAAGUUUUAUAUUCCAUUUAGAAGAACAUCCAGAUGUAAAAGGUUAUUACCAGUGCGUGUCAUAUGGCUCGCUGCCGACUGAAAGCCACGAGUUUGCGUACUUCCUCCUCAACAUGGCGCUUAUGUACGUUGCGCCUCUGUUAUCCACCUUGUAUUGCUCCUCUGCCGCUCUACUUGAGAUCAUUCGACGAGCUAAUACUGCCAAUGAUAAAAUGCGACGUAGCGGUGUUGGCAUCCUGGGCAGAGCGCGCGCUCGGACACUGAAGAUGUCUGUCACGAUAGUUCUUGUAUUCUUCACGUGUUGGUCACCCUAUUACUGCUACUGUUUGUGGUAUUGGAUAGACAAGGACAUAGUGAAUCAUUUGGAUCCAGCAUUCCAGAAAGCGAUGUGGCUAUUUUCGUGCACAAAUUCCUGUGCUAAUCCCAUUGUUUAUGGUGUCUUCAAUAGGAAUCGAUGGACUUGGCGUAGCGGAGCUCACGUCCGAAACCGCGGCAGCAGCAUGAGACGUGGAUCAAGAUUCCCUCACGGGGACUCCAUGGAAAUAUCCGCGGCGACCCUCGCUCGUGCCAGAUUUUCUCUUCACAGCGAAAGAACCAGCAGACGAGACUCAGCGCGAAGCUUCGUCACACAAAAUGGAACCCAAAAACAUUUGAACAACAAUAAUAAAACAAACGGCAUAGUUUAA